UGGCCUCGCGUCUGGUUGAGCUGUCACUAACUGCAGUAAGAGCGAUCGCUGCAUUAUGACCAAGAGAGGUGCUGGCAUGUUUGACCCCUGGAGUGAGUUGAUGAACGUGAGCCACAGACUGGACAAUGACACCCUGGCCAUGCUCUCCUACAGCAGCAUCCGCACAGCCCUGCCCAUCGUCUACAUGUUGGUGAUGGUGAUCAGUCUGCCUGGAAACGGGCUCUCCCUCAUUUUGCUCCUGUUCAACACCAAGCCUAAGACUCCCUCCAUCAUCUUCAUGAUCAACCUGACUGUGACCGACCUACUGCUGGCCUGCUUCCUGCCUUUCCAGUGUAUCUACCAUUGGAAUGGCAACAACUGGGUCUUUGGCCCGCGACUGUGUAACGUGGUGACGGUGCUCUUCUAUGCCAACAUGUAUGGCUCUAUCAUGACCAUGACGUGUAUCAGCGUGGAGCGCUACCUGGGUGUGGUGCACCUGGUGCGCACUAACACGUGGAGGAAGAGGUUUGCUUUGGGGAUCUGCCUGGGCAUGUGGGUGUUCAUCUUGAUUGUCUUUCUGCCGCUGGAGCUCACCGACCUGACCUACCAGGUCCACGACCUGAACAUCACCACCUGCUUUGACAUACUCAAGAAGGACAUGCUCCCAAACCAGGCGGCCUGGGCCUCCUUCCUCUUCAUCUUCUUCAUCCUCUUUCUGGUGCCCUUCUUCAUCACCGUCUUCUGCUACAUCCGCAUCGUGCUCAAGCUGGUGCACAGCUCUGAGCACUUCAGCAGCGAACAGAAGCGCAGGGCCAUCUGGCUAGCCCUCAUUGUGCUCUUAGUCUUCAUCACUUGCUUUGCUCCCAACAACAUCAUCCUCCUCAUCCACAUGAUCAGCCGGCUCUUCUUUGACAAAGGAAUCUACGCCGCCUACAAAAUCACUCUGACCCUCAGCUGCCUCAAUAGCUGUCUGGACCCUUUCAUCUACUACCUGGCCUGUAAGGAAUUCCGCAAGAAGCUAAGGCAGUUCCUCAGGAUAUCGAUCAGCAGCCAAACCAGCUUCACCGAAUUCAGGAGGGAGAGCUUCCUGACUCAUAGAUCACGGUCUGGUCAUCAAUGGGAUCCAGUGGAGAUGCAGUCCUUAUGAGGGCGAGGACCUCAUACUCCGUGCAUUAUAAUAAUAUUAAUAAUCUUUGCAUUUGAUAUAGA